UCCCGCGGCUGGCGGCCAGUGGUGUCGCCGCCGCGCGGAGGCCGCCGCGGCGUCCUCGCCACCCGCUCACCCGACCGGCCCACGCCGCUGGGGCUGUCUUCGGUCCGCCUGCUCUCCGUCCAGCACCUCACGCUGCGGGUGCGAGGCGUCGACCUCCUCGACGGCACUCCGGUCCUCGACAUCAAGCCGUACGUCCCGUACUGCGACAGCUUCCCCCAAGCGGCGGCGGGGUGGGUGGACUCGCUGCCGCCCGAGGAGGGGGGCGCGGGAGCGGCGGACUUUCAAGGGCUGCGACUCAACCGCCAGCAGGAGGAGAGGCUGAGGCAGGCGAGGACUGGCGAGGAGGAGGAGAGGGAGAGAGGCUGA